AUGUUCCCCCCCACAAAGAGAAAACGAAUGGACGAUAGUGUCAAAAACCAAAUGCGCUCCGAAGGUGUCAAGCGUUCGCAUUCUCUCUGGUUUGAGGACGGGAGCGUUAUCCUUGAAGCACAGAAAACCCAGUUUCGGGUGCAUCGGAGCAUCCUUUGCAACUACUCAAAGGUUUUUCAGGACAUGUUCACUGUGCCACAACCCGAAUCUUCGGCAAUGGUAGACGGUGUACCUCUAAUUCAUGUAAUUGAUGAUGCAGUAGACUGGGAAAACGUGUUGGGGAUCAUCUACUUCGGCUUGAAGAUGCACGAGGAUCACUCUAUCGGAGUUCUCAUAUCUAUGAUGCGGCUUGGUCACAAAUACCAAUUUGACGAUAUCAAGACUGCCGCCGUCCAACGAUUGUUGAAAGAAUUUCCAACCAAUUUUGUCGAGUGGACAAACGACGCUGCGUCCGAUCCUCACCGCACUAUCAUGCAAAAUGAUGCCUACUUCUCGCGAGGACACGAGAUCGACUUGAUUAACAUCGCGUCGGAAAUCCAGUUCCAACAGAUUUUACCUGUACUGUACUAUAUUCUUCUAAGGGAUCGACCGCUGACAGAAAUAUUCGAUGGCACGAUGCGAAAAGACAGGACUGUAGCCAUGCUGGCUCCAGAGACGCAACGAAUCUUGAUUCUUGGUCGAGACAGGAUUCUUCGCGGAACGAUUGCGCAUACAUUGGCGUGGUUUGAAGGCGAUAUCACCGACGAUUGUGCCACCUGCCAAGGGAAGCGCGUCGGCAAUGCGCUGAAUGUCGCGAUGGGCAUGCUCACCUACGAUGUAUCUGUUGCUCUGCAAGACACUGCUUCCGAAAUUGUAGCUGGGUUGUGCAACGAGUGCAAGGAGGAGGCGGAGACGGAGAUGGCUCUUGGAAGGCAACAGCUAUGGGCUGAGCUGCCUUCAUACUUUGAUCUGCCUUCCUGGGAUGUGCUUGCUAAAUUCAACAACUGA